GGCUGUCCAUCCUCAGACAUGGCCGGCCGACCCGCUCUAACACUGCUCUCCCUCGCCACUCUCGCAGUGAUUGUGAGCGGGCAGGACUUCAAGUGUCCGGACAAGGACGGUUACUACCCGGACCCCAUCCAGUGUGACCUGUACUACCACUGCCACAGGGGAGACAUCGAGGAGAAGCUGUGUCCUGACGGACUGCUGUUCGACGACACUAACCCCAGCCAUGAACGCUGUGAUACCGCCGUCAACGUUGAGUGUGGCGACCGUACUGAGCUGCAGGAGCCUCAGCCAUCAAAGGGCUGUCCUCGAGCCAACGGGUUCUUCCGCCACCCAGACCCCGAGGUGUGCGACAAGUUCGUCAACUGCCAGGAUGGAGUCAUGACUGAGAACCCUUGUCCUCCAGGACUCAUUUACGACGACACCAAGAGCACUUGCUCCUGGCCCUCCGAGUCUGUCCGCAAGGACUGCAAUGUCAACCAAACUAAGAGAGACGUGCUGCCUGACGGGUUCACAUGCCCAGCUGAGGAUGUGGUCGGACCUAACGGACGGGUCCUGCCCCACCCCACCUACCCUCACCCCGAAGAUUGCCAGAAAUUCUACAUCUGCCGCAACGGCGUCACCCCCCAGUACGGUAGCUGUCCUGGAGGUAGCGUCUACAACGAGGACAUCUUCAAGUGUGAUGAUCCUGAAAACGUCCCAGGAUGUGAAAACUGGUUUGCAGAAGACGACAAAAAGUCCAGGAGACGGAAGUAAUCUACUAGACUGCAAAGAAGAUUUUAAGAAUAUCCGGGAGGAUAACAUUUUUUAACACAAAAGAGAUCAUGUUUAGCACGAUACGUAAUAUUUAAAUCCUCCAAUGUUUUCUUCAAUUGAUAUUAGUCAUUUAUAUGGAAAUUGUUAUGGAUUUUAUAUGUGAAUUAUGUUAAGAAAAGUUUAAUUGAAUACAUUUUCUAAAGGAAACAAUAUUGUUUUUGGAAAUAUAGCAUGCAUAAAAUUUUUAUUGUGUAUUUUAAGAGGAUCGAAAGCAUACAUAUUGCAAAGAUUAUUCACCCUCAUGUUGCAAUGCAAAACUGUUAUUAUUGGGUCUUCUCGAAUUAAACUAUUCGGUCACAUUUUUAUUUUCAUAAUAUUAAAGGAAUGGAAAACUACAUAUCAGAAACAAGUAUUGAAUUUAUAUUCAGUUAAUGUAAGUUUUGAAAAAUAAGCUUAAUGUAAUAUUUAUUAUUUUAAGUACUUUUGUAAAUAAACAAACACAAACUAAA